UUUGGAAUGUUUAUUAUUACAGAAACAUGAAGUACAAUGUAGUGACAAAGUAUGAAAUAAAUUACCAUGACAUUAUUCAAAACACACGACAAAGCAAUAUUCUAUCCCGUCAUUAUAUAUCAAACUGUAUACAUCUGAUACAAAACGUGACAGAAUACUCCAAGUACAUUUAUUAAUUAUCAAUAUUAAAAGCUGCACAUUCAGAUGAAACAACAGAUUGCUUUUAUACAAUUUUGCAAAAACAUUUACUACACAACAUAAUGUAUUUAUUGACAGAUAAAACCACGAUUAGAAAACAGUGGAGCUGCAUUGAGUACUGCAUGUACCCAGAGACAUAUCUCAUGUACCCAGAGACAUAUCUCAUGUACCCAGAGACAUGUACCCAGAGACAUAUCUCAUGUACCCAGAGACAUAUAUCAUGUACCCAGAGACAUGUACCCAGAGACAUAUCUCAUGUACCCAGAGACAUGUACCCAGAGACAUAUCUCAUGUACCCAGAGACAUGUACCCAGAGACAUAUAUCAUGUACCCAGAGACAUGUACCCAGAGACAUAUCUCAUGUACCCAGAGACAUGUACCCAGAGACAUAUCUCAUGUACCCAGAGACAUGUACCCAGAGACAUAUCUCAUGUACCCAGAGACAUGUACCCAGAGACAUAUCUCAUGUACCCAGAGACAUGUACCCAGAGACAUAUCUCAUGUACCCAGAGACAUGUACCCAGAGACAUAUCUCAUGUACCCAGAGACAUGUACCCAGAGACAUAUCUCAUGUACCCAGAGACAUAUCUCAUGUACCCAGAGACAUGUACCCAGAGACAUAUCUCAUGUACCCAGAGACAUGUACCCAGAGACAUAUCUCAUGUACCCAGAGACAUGUACCCAGAGACAUAUCUCGUGUACCCAGAGACAUAUCUCAUGUACCCAGAGACAUAUCUCGUGUACCCAGAGACAUAUCUCGUGUACCCAGAGACAUAUCUCGUGUACCCAGAGACAUAUCUCAUGUACCCAGAGACAUAUCUCGUGUACCCAGAGACAUAUCUCGUGUACCCAGAGACAAAUCUCGUGUACCCAGAGACAUAUCUCGUGUACCCAGAGACAUAUCUCGUGUACCCAGAGACAUAUCUCAUGUACCCAGAGACAUGUACCCAGAGACAUAUCUCAUGUACCCAGAGAUAUGUACCCAGAGACAUAUCUCAUGUACCCAGAGACAUGUACCCAGAAACAUAUCUCAUGUACCCAGAGACAUGUACCCAGAGACAUAUCUCAUGUACCCAGAGACAUAUCUCAUGUACCCAGAGACAUGUACCCAGAGACAUAUCUGUUUGUACCUGUUUACAAUAGAUUUCAAUGCAGCAAUGUCUUCAUCACAAUUCCAAUUUUAUCAUUGCUAAUAUACUUUUCAUAACAAGAGGGCCUGGAGCCUUAGCAGUCCCCUGAGUGAUAUAUAUUUCAGUCAAUUUGACAUGUCACACAUAUGUACAUACCAUCAAACUUCCUUAAUAUACUGAUAAUUUUAAUCAAGUUUGAAUUAUUUUCAAUGGCAAUUCAUCAAAUGAUGUUCCAAUAUGCAAUUUCU